AUGUUUUGUAUGAGAUUACUAUUGAAUUUUAUUCUGUUACAUUUUAUUUUUGCUACACCUCAAAUCAAUCUGCAUUAUACAGAAUGGAUAAGUGAGAGUGAAAAUAAUACUCUAUUCCAACUUAAUUGUUUACGUGUUCCUGCUUCUAUUGAUAAAGCAAAUGUUAGUCGUGAAAUUAUAUCUUAUUGUAUGAAUGAUUUGUCAUCGAAAUUCCAUAUCGAAAAUAAUAAUAUCUUUCCAAAAUUUACUUUUGUUGAACUUUUGAAACAGAAUAUUACAAGUCAACAAUUAUACAUUUGGUUAGCACCAAUAAAUAUUGUUGAACGUUAUCAGUUUUAUUUAAAUCAAUUAUCAACAUACAAUGAUAAAUCUUUGGAAACACAAAUUUUCUAUAAUUGUACAUUACCAAGAUUUGGUUCUACGUGUCAAUAUGAAAUUAUUUAUUAUAAUCAAAAUCAUUUAUCUUUAUAUGAAAUUAUUCAUGAUUAUUAUCAUACAUAUAAAUAUAAUCCAACUAAUUUUACUUGUUAUUCUCAUUUACAAUGUAAUCGUGGUCCAUUUCCUGCAUGUUUAGAUUGGAGUGAAAUUUGUAAUGGACAGUUAGAUUGUCUUGAUAGUGAAUUUGAUGAAGAACAUUGUUGGCAACUUGAAAUCAAUCAAUGUAAUGAUAAUGAAUAUCAAUGUACUAAUGGACAAUGUAUACCACAAUCAUUUUUUCGAGAUGAUUCUAACACUCCUGAUUGUGUUGACGGAUCUGACGAACCUUUCGUACUUACUUCCCAACUUAGCAAGUGUAGUACAGAUGAACCGUCAUUUGAGUGUGAAGAAAGAACAUGUCAAGCAACUUUCUUGACAACUUCUUGUUGGCGACAACGCGGAGAUCUACUAUUGCAAGCAAUCUAUUCAACCAAAGAUAAUUCAACAUCUGAACAAUGUUGGUCAGCUUUUAAAUGCAUCUUGAAGGUACCAAGUUCAGAUGAGAAAUAUUGUAGUACGAUUUGUCAAAAGUCAACAUGUCUAAAGAUUAUUCAGAACACAUGUCCUGAUAUGUUUUAUAUUCCCAAUUUUCCAAUUUUUUUUCGUAACAUUUAUAUGGCACAUACAAAAAAUGACUCAUUGAUUUUUGCAACUGGAAAUUUUACAUUUCCUUAUGUAUGCUAUAAUAAUUCUCGUUAUGAUGAAUAUUUUAGUGAUCAGACAAAGAUUUUAUUUAAGAAUAGAACGUGUUUCCGUCCUAGUUUGUCACGACAGCAUCUUUUCCCGUUCUAUUCAUGGACACUGCAAUAUUUUCCAUCUUUAUACCAAUUAUUCGAUCAAUUGAAGAAAUACAAUACAUUUAUUAACUAUACUUCUGAAAUUUGUAAUAGAACAAAUAUGUAUCAGUGUGUCAAUUCGUCGAAGUGUAUCUCAGUAAAUCAUUUUAUGGACGGCAAUUUAGAUUGUCCUCAAAAAGAUGAUGAAGAUAUUAUGCAAAUCAAUAGUAUUAAUAUGGCAAAAUUUUUAAAAAAUCAUUUCAAAUGCAACAUAUCCAACAAGUAUCUUCAUCAUUGGUAUGUUCAAGAUGGAUAUUGUCACUGUCCUGUUUAUUACUCUGAUUGGUGUGAAGAUGAACAUUUCGAUAUUAAUUAUGCUGUACAGAAUAUAUCAUUUCAAAGUAUUUGUAAUGGAUUUACACAACUGAUUCCAAUAAAUAUCGAAGGAACAAAUGAAACAGAUGAAACAGAAUGUCAACAAUGGCCAUGUAAUAAUAUUUAUACUCAUUGUGAUGAUAUAUGGCAUUGUCCGAAUGGUGAAGAUGAAAUUGGUUGUGAUUUAUCUUCAACAUUAAAUUGUUUUAAAGAUCAUCAUAAAUGCGUUUCACCUGACACAAAUCAACUUAUCUGUCUGCCUGUUGAAAAAGCAAAUGAUGGCAAGAUCGAUUGUCUUGGUGCUACUGACGAGCCAAUAGUAUGUAAAACAAUUGAUCGACUAAAUAUUAUAUACAAAUUUUAUUGUGAUAAUAAAAUAUUUAACCAAUGUAAUGAUUGGUUGACGCUAUGCGACGGUAUUCGAGACUGUGACCAUGGAGAAGAUGAACAAUUUUGUGUAAAAAAUCGAACAAAUACUCCUUUAUAUGAGAGCAUUUGUGCUUCACCUUAUUCAUCAGUUCGUUCUGCUGCCGAGCAGUUUCUAUGCCAAGCAACAAAAUACAAGCGUAUACAACUAAAUAAAUAUUUUUCAUUGGAUGAAAUGAGCAAAACUCUACAAGAUCAAACGAAAAUUGUGACAAACUCAAUCUUUUCAAGUUCAUCUAUAAUGCAAAUAUCUUAUCAACAUAAACCUAGAUGUCAUCGUGGUUUUGAUUUACGUGUUUGGUUAAACGAUGCAACGAAUUUAACAACAAAUACAUGUCUUUGUCCACCUAGCUUUUAUGGUGAUCAAUGUCAAUAUCAAAAUCAACGAGUAAGUUUAACUGUUAGAUUUCAAGCAUUUUCAGAUUCUUGGUCAACUAUAUUUGCAAUAAUUAUUUCACUUAUCGAUGAUAGUGAUGAAAGAAUAAUUCAUUCAUAUGAACAAAUUACUUAUUUAUCGAUCAGAGAUUGUAAAGUUAAAUUCAAUAUUUAUCUACUCUAUGCAACUCAACCAAAAGAUCCAACAAAAAAUUAUGCAAUACAUAUUGAUAUCUAUGAAAAAAUUUCAUUAAAUUAUCGAGGAAGUUUAUUAUUUCAACUAACAUUUCCAUUUUUACCUGUUCAUCGUCUAGCAUUUAUAGUUGGUAUUCCACAAAAGAAUGAAAAAAUUCAAAGUUGUUCAAAUUCUCCAUGUGUUAAUGGUAAAUGUAUUAUAUAUUCAAAUAAUGUACAAAAUGCUAGUUUUUGUCAAUGUAAUCAAGGAUGGUCUGGACGAUAUUGUACUAUUCCACACACUUGUACUUGUUCAUCUGAUUCAAUAUAUGUUGGUGUAUCUACAUACAAUCGAUCUGUAUGUGUUUGUCCAAUUAAUAAAUUUGGUUAUCAAUGUCUUCUAAUUGAUACAAUUUGUCAAAUGAACAAUAAUUUAACAUGUCAACAUGAUGGCAAAUGUAUUCCUGCUGAUGAUUAUACGAUAUUAAAUAAAAAAUUUCAAUGUAUUUGUCCAAAAGGUUAUAUGGGAGAUCGAUGUGAAAUAGUUGAUAAUAAAAUAAUUUUAUCAUUUGAUAAUAAUAUUGUUUUAUCUCAAUCGAUAUUUAUUCAUUUCAUAGAAAUUAUUAAUAAUGAUAAACCAAAGCGUACGACUACGUUUCGAACAAUUCCUUUUAUACAAAAUUCACUUAUUAUUUAUCGGUCACGACCAUUUCAUCUUGUUUUUAUUGAACUUUACAAUAAAAUUUAUUAUUUAGCUAUCAUUCAAAAAACUUCUAAACAAUCAACAACAAUUAAUACAAUGAUAAAUCCAUCAGAUCGUUGUCUACAUAUAAAUGAAUUAUUUAAUGAAACUAUUGUUAAAAUGCAUGCUCUUCGUCGUAUUAAAUAUUAUCAUUUACCAUGUCAAAGAUAUUCAUCAAAUUUUUCUUGUUUUUAUGAUGAUGUUUAUAUUUGUUUAUGUUAUGAUUAUAGACAACAACGUUUAGCAAACUGUUUUGAAUUUGAUCAUAAUAUGAAAUUUGAUUGUUUUGGUCAAAGUGUUUGUGAGAAUCAAGGUCAAUGUUUUCAAGACAGUCCAGAUUGUCCAGAAAGAUCAACGUGUAUUUGUCGACCAUGUUUUUAUGGAGCACAAUGUCAAUUUAGUUCAACUGGAUUUGGUUUAUCACUUGAUGCUAUUAUAGGUUAUCAUAUUCAACCACAUAUUAAUCUUGUAAAUCAACCCAAUCUUGUAAAAAUUAGUUUUGUAUUAUCGAUAAUCUUUAUAGUAGUAGGAUUAAUCAAUGGAAUUUUAUCUUUGAUUACAUUCAAGAGUAGAUCUAUAUGCGAAAUUGGUUGUGGUUUUUAUUUAUUAAGUUCAUCAAUUACUACUUUAUUGACAACAUUUAUAUUUGGAUUAAAAUUUUGUAUACUUCUUCUUGCACAAAUGACAAUUAUUUCAAAUCGAUUAUUUCUACAAAUUCAAUGUUUAUCUCUUGAUUUUCUUUUACGAGUUUGUCUUAAUAUGGAUCAAUGGUUAAAUGCUUUUGUUGCGAUUGAACGAACAGUUACAAUAAUAAAAGCGACUAAUUAUAAUAAGAAAAACAGUAUACAAAUAGCUAAAAUAGUUAUUGUUUUUCUUUUGAUUUUUAUUAUUAGUACUAAUAUUUAUGAUCCUAUUUAUCGACGUUUAAUUGAUGAAGAAAAUGAAGAUGAUAAACGAUUAUGGUGUAUUGCAUUGUAUCCAUCGAAUUUACAAGUAUUCAAUUCUAUUAUUCAUACAUUUCAUUUUUUGACUCCAUUUGUCAUAAAUCUUGUAUCAGUUUUUAUUCUUAUAACAAAAAUAUCUCGUCAACAAUCAAAUAUUCAUACUAAUCGAACUUAUAUAGAAUAUUUAAAAAAAAAUAUGCGAGAACAUACACAUUUAUUUAUUGCUCCUGUUAUAUUAGUGAUUCUUGGAAUACCACGUUUAAUCAUUUCAUUUGUAUCAAAAUGUAUGAAAUCAACAAAUGAUGCAUGGUUAUUUCUUAUUGGAUAUUUUAUGUCAUUUAUUCCACCACUGCUUACAUUUGUUAUAUUUAUAUUACCAUCGAAAUUUUACAAACAAGAACUUCAUAAGUCUCUCAUCAGUUUUCGAACGAUAAUACAACGAUAUUUAUAA